AUGAUCUUCAAGGCAUCACUUGUAUGGAGUGUGCUGGCCCUCGCGGCUACAGCGCUGCCCUCGGCUCUUCACAUAAGCAACAAGCAGCCUCCUCCAGCGUACCCUAUCGGACAAGGAAAAGGCUCGAAUGCCAAAGUUUCCGGCCGAGUCUUCAACAUCGUUGGUAAAAAGGGUUAUUUCGCUGGGAGCAAUGCAUGGUGGCUUGCACACUUGAGCAAUAAUGAUGAUAUCGACGUCGCUCUAAGCCAGGUGGCUAAGACCCAAUACAAAGUCCUCCGUGUCUGGGGUGCUGAACUCGACCGAAGUUACAUCAACUUCGGCCCGGACGGCCUGCAGAGGCUCGACUACGCGGUCUCGUCGGCCGAAAAGCACGGCGUGAAGCUGGUCCUGAAUUUCAUCAACAACUGGAAUGACUACGGAGGGAUCAAGGCGUACACGACCGCGUUCGGGGCCAACGCGACGGAGUGGUUCACGGACGCGACGUCGCAGAAGGUGUACCGGAACUACAUCGACAUCCUGGUGAACCGGUACAAGAAGUCGACGGCCAUCUUCGCGUGGGAGCUCGGCAACGAGCCGCGCUGCAAGGGCUGCCCCACGUCGGUCAUCACCAAGUGGGCGGCGGACGUGUCCAAGUACAUCAAGAGCCUCGACCCGGGCCACCUGGUGACGCUCGGCGACGAGGGCUGGUUCGCGCCGGGGACGGCCCUCAGCGGCGACGACGGGUCGUACGCAUACUCCGGCGGCGAGGGCGUCGACUUCGUGGCCAACCUGGGCAUCUCCACGCUCGACUACGGCACCUUCCACCUGUACCCGGACUCGUGGGGCUACGAGUACCCCUGGGGCAGCGACUGGAUCGUCCAGCACGACGAGGUCGGCAAGAAGUCCGGCAAGCCCGUCAUCCUAGAGGAGUAUGGUGCACCGUUCCCGGGCAACCAUACGCCCAUCUACAAGCCCUGGCAGGACGCCGUGGUCAAGAGCGGCGUGGCAGCGGACCAGGUCUGGCAGUUUGGGACGCACGACCUCGGUGUGCCGGGUGAGAGCCUAGGGGAUGUCAACUCGAUCUACUACAACGAGACCGAGUAUAAGGUUCUGGGCUUUGAGCACGCCGCUACCCUCCUCAAGAAGAAGGUCUGA